AUGGCCUUAACAAAGGGUGCAUGUGGAGGUCAUUUUCCAGAGGGAGAUCCUGGUGCCUUGCAAACAGUACUCCCCCCAACCACUGCUGAGAUUGAGGGCAUGAUGAUAUUUUGGAGUCCUUGGUGGUUGGUGCCAGUGAGGUGCAAUGCCCAUGUCAUGGAGUGUGUGGCCUAUACCCUGGGUGAUCACUUGGAGCAUUCAUGUCAGGCAAUAAAGGCAGGAGCCCUUGCCCAUGCAUUUCAAGGGUAUCAGGGGCUUCAACCAUCUACCUUGGGAGCCAGGCCAGCAUCUGUCAUUCCAAUGGCAGGUUAG